UCGCAGCUUCCAAAUAUUCCGCAGCACUACGUCAAGACCGGUCCAAGCUUCCAAGCUUCUCCCCACCAUCACAAUCUCUGUCUAACACACAUGUUCAACCAAACUCCAAUUACUUCACGUUGAUCCCUCAUAUUACCGCAGCGUUCUCUUGCAGUUGGCAGUUUUUCUUUCCGAAGUAUGACAUCCCCCAACCCAGCGCUCCGGCAUCAAGUCAUUCGGAUAUAUAAAGAAUUGUUGUUUCUCGGACGAGAAUAUCCCCUGGGCUAUGAUUACUUCAGAACUCGCCUGCACAAGGCCUUCGCCAGCCAACAACACCUCACGGACGAAGUGCAAAUCAAGAAGGGUAUCCAGAGGGCCGAGUUUGUAAAGAAAGAAAUUGAAGCCUUGUAUGUGCAGCCACUCGAAACCAGCGAAGUGGAAUUAUUCCUUAACCAUGCUUUCCAGGUACUACUUAAAGCGUUACCGAACCCUUCGACAACGAUAUGAAAAGACUUGAGUUUCCGUCUCUGGAAAAGCCAUGACAUGCAAAGCGG